CUCUGUUUCUUUCUCCACUCUCUCUCUCUCUCGUUGCAAGCAACUUGUUUUCUGAAUCCAAAGAAGACGAUAACGAUGAAUGGAGCUAUAGGAGGUGACCUUUUGCUCAAUUUUCCUGACAUGUCGGUCCUAGAGCGCCAAAGGGCUCACCUCAAGUACCUCAAUCCCACCUUUGAUUCUCCUCUCGCCGGCUUCUUUGCCGAUUCUUCAAUGAUUACCGGCGGCGAGAUGGACAGCUAUCUUUCGACUGCCGGUUUGAAUCUUCCGAUGAUGUACGGUGAGACGACGGUGGAAGGUGAUUCAAGACUCUCAAUUUCGCCGGAAACGACGCUUGGGACUGGAAAUUUCAAGAAACGGAAGUUUGAUACAGAGACUAAGGAUUGUAAUGAGAAGAAGAAGAAGAUGACGAUGAACAGAGAUGACCUAGUAGAAGAAGGAGAAGAAGAGAAGUCGAAAAUAACAGAGCAAAACAAUGGGAGCACAAAAAGCAUCAAGAAGAUGAAACACAAAGCCAAGAAAGAAGAGAACAAUUUCUCUAAUGAUUCAUCUAAAGUGACGAAGGAAUUGGAGAAAACGGAUUAUAUUCAUGUUCGUGCACGACGAGGCCAAGCCACUGAUAGUCACAGCAUAGCAGAACGAGUUAGAAGAGAAAAGAUCAGUGAGAGAAUGAAGUUUCUACAAGAUUUGGUUCCUGGAUGCGACAAGAUCACAGGCAAAGCAGGGAUGCUUGAUGAAAUCAUUAACUAUGUUCAGUCUCUUCAGAGACAAAUCGAGUUCUUAUCGAUGAAACUAGCAAUUGUGAAUCCAAGGCCGGAUUUUGAUAUGGAUGACAUUUUUGCCAAAGAGGUUGCCUCAACUCCAAUGACUGUGGUGCCAUCUCCUGAAAUGGUUCUUUCCGGUUAUUCUCAUGAGAUGGUUCACUCUGGUUAUUCUAGUGAGAUGGUUAACUCCGGUUACCUUCAUGUCAAUCCAAUGCAGCAAGUGAAUACCAGUUCUGAUCCAUUGUCAUGCUUCAACAAUGGCGAAGCUCCUUCGAUGUGGGACUCUCAUGUGCAGAAUCUCUAUGGCAAUUUAGGAGUUUGAUUAAGAAACCAAUCCACAACAUAACAAUGUUCCCUAAUUCAAAUUAUUCAUCGGAAGAGAGAGCAAACCAGUAGCUGUUAUUUACUAAUUCCACUAGAUUAUUGACUUGAGAUCCCCCGCCCAUUAGUUGAUGUAUCAAAGAGUGUAGACAUUAUUGUGUAUAAUUUGCAAACCAGUCCAGUAAUAUAUUUCUUAUCGGUGGACUUGUGUCUUUAAUUCAAGGUGUGUUCUCAUCUUCUUGUGGUGAAUGAUCAUCCAUUAGUAUUUUUUUUUUUAGUAUACAAUGCCACAAGUCAUGCGACCAUGAAAUCAAGAAACAAGACACCAGUCGUUUAACGUUAUGUUUUACAUCUUAUCACUAACAAUCUUCUAAUCUAUGUUUUGGUUACUUUGAAAAAGCGGGACUAAUCCCAAAUUUAAAGCAAUUGAAUAAACAACACCUGUUAAGCGUGGCGGACAAAACGACGACAAUGUAAGAGAACUGAGUCAGAGAUUAAAACCUAUGACCAACCCAUUGGAACUAAACUAUCCUAAUUCUCUAUACGGAGAGUAUAUAUAAAUGGAGGAGGAGAAGAAGAAGAGCAGAGUUUUGAUCAUCGGAGCAACAGGAAGAUUAGGGAACUAUUUGACCCGUUUCAGCAUCGAAUCGGGUCACCCGACUUUCGCUCUCAUCAGAAACACCACUCUCUCCGAUAAGCUGAAAUCUCUCUCCGACGCCGGCGUUACCCUCCUCAAAGGUUCAUUGGAGGAUGAAGGAAGCUUAGCAGAAGCAGUGAGUAAAGUAGAUGUGGUGAUCUCUGCAAUUCCAUCAAAACAUGUUCUUGAUCAGAAACUCCUCGUCAGAGUUAUCAAACAAGCUGGUUCCAUCAAGAGGUUUAUUCCUGCUGAAUAUGGAGCAAAUCCUGAUAAAACUCAAGUCUCGGAUCUUGAUCAUGACUUCUAUUCGAAGAAAUCAGAGAUUAGGCAUAUGAUAGAAUCAGAGGGGAUUCCAUAUACAUACAUUUGCUGCGGACUGUUCAUGAGAGUUCUACUUCCAUCGCUUGUGCAACCGGGGCUUCAAUCUCCUCCAACAGAUAAAGUCACAGUUUUUGGAGAUGGAAACGUUAAAGCUGUUUUCGUGAAUGAUGUCGAUGUUGCAGCAUUUACUAUCAAGACGAUAGAUGAUCCUCGAACACUGAAUAAGACCUUGUACCUUAGCCCGCCCGGAAACAUAUGUUCCAUGAAUGAUCUUGUCGAGCUCUGGGAGGGCAAGAUUGAGAAGAAGCUUGAGAAAACGUUUGCUACAGAGAAUCAACUUCUCAAGAAGAUCAAAGAAACUCCAUAUCCGGAUAACAUGGAGAUGGUAUUCAUAUACUCUGUCUUUAUCAAAGGAGAUCACACAUACUUCGACAUCGAGUCUUGUGGUGGAGUGAAUGGUACUGAGCUUUACCCUGAUGUCAAAUACAUGACCGUGAGCGAGUUUCUUGAUACUCUUCUCUAGAAUUAUAAACCAAACAGCAAAGGGAUCACUCUCAUUUUUCAGAGUUUACCUUUUACACUUCCAAAAUUUCUCUGUUUUUGAGGGCUGAAUCAAUCUAUCUCAUGUAGCACUAUCUUUACCCUAUUGAUCUGAGUUUCGACCUUAAUCGUGUAACACAUUACUUCUGCAGUUCUGAUGAUGGUAAACCUCAACUGUUUACAUGGUAACAAGAUCAUAGGUAUUAGGUUCAUGCCUUGAUGUCU